AUGGAGAUUACAGUGGCAUUCGUUGCCUUCUCAAUGGCUUUUGCCACCAUUUUGUGGUGUGUAUGGACAGUGGUGAAUUCCAUUUGGUUGAGGCCGAAGAAGCUAGAAAAGUUGAUAAGACGUCAAGGAUUCUCAGGAAACUCGUACAAGCUAUUUCAUGGAGACAUGAAGGAGAUGUCGAUGAUGAGAGUUGAAGCCAGAGCCAAACCUCUCAAACUCUCCCAUGAUAUUUCUUCCAGAAUUUUGCCCUACUUCCACCAUGCCAUCAACAAAUAUGGAAAGAAGUCAUUCAUAUGGAUGGGACCAAAACCAACCCUAAACAUCAGUGAUCCCAAAUUGAUAAGGGAAAUUUUAUCCAAGUGGGAAACUUUUCAAAAACUCAAAAGUAAUCCAUUAGCCAGGUUGGUUGCUACUGGGAUGGUUGCGUACGAGGGUGAACAAUGGGUUAAAGCCAGAAAGAUUGCCACUCCAGCAUUCCAUCUCGACAAGUUGAAGGAUAUGUUAUCGAAGAUGCAUUUGAGUUGCAGUGACAUGACGAAGAAAUGGAAGGCUUUAGUCUCAGAGAAAGACUCGUGCGAGUUGGACGUGUGGCCUCACAUUCAAACUUUGACAGCAGAUGUUAUUUCUCGGACAGCUUUUGGUAGCAGCUAUGAAGAUGGAAGAAAAAUAUUUGAACUCUUUGGCCAACAGAUUAAGCUUUUUACUCAAGUUAUGCAGUUUGUCUACAUCCCCGGAUGGCGGUUCCUCCCUACUACAACAAACAGGAAAAUGAAAAGCAAUCACAAUCAAAUUAGAGCACUGAUAAAAGGGAUCAUUAAGAAAAAGGAAGAAGCCUUGAAAGCAGGCAAAGCUAGCGUUGAUGAUGAUUUAUUGGGAAUAUUAGUGGCAUCAAAUCACAGAGAAAUGGAAGAGCAAGGGAAUCAAAGAAGCGGAAUGAGUAUUGAAGAGGUGAUUGAAGAAUGCAAACUAUUCUAUCUUGCUGGUCAAGAGACUACUGCAUCUUGGCUUGUAUGGACAAUUGUUUUGUUAUGCAUGCAUCAAGAUUGGCAAGAACGAGCAAGAAAAGAAGUUUUCGAAGUUUUCGGGGACAAAGAACCGCAAUUUGCUGAGCUAAAUCAAUUGAAAGAAAUAAGCAAAAUUCUAUAUGAAGCAUUAAGGUUAUAUUCACCAGCAUCUUUACUAAUAAGGAUAUGUCAAAAAGAGACCAAAUUGGGGGAAUUCACUAUCCCAGCUGGGGUUUUACUUUCAUUGCCAAUAAUUCUGAUUCAUCAUGAGGAAGAAUAUUGGGGAGAAGAUGUAAAAGAGUUCAACCCAGAUAGAUUUUCUCAAGGAGUUUCAAAGGCAGCAAAAAAUGGUCAAGUUUCAUUCUUCCCAUUCGGUUGGGGACCUAGAAUAUGCAUUGGGCAGAACUUUGCAUGGUUAGAAGCAAAACUAACUUUAGCAAUGAUUCUGCGAAAUUUCUCCUUUCAUCUUUCUCCAACAUAUGUGCAUGCCCCCAAUCUAGGCAUAACUGUGCAACCACAACAUGGAGCUCACAUUAUUUUGCACAAAAUCUAG